AUGUUGAUUCCCACUGAAGACCGCAGAAAGAUCCACACUCACUUGUUCAAGGCUGGUGUUGUUGUUGCUAAGAAGGACUUCAACCAGGCCAAGCACGAAGAGAUUGACACCAAGAACCUUUUCGUUAUCAAGGCUCUUCAGUCCCUCACCUCCAAGGGCUACGCCAAGACCCGAUUCUCAUGGCAAUACUACUACUACACUCUCACUGACGAGGGUGUCGUGUACCUCAGAAACUGGCUCAACAUCCCCGAGGAGGUUGUUCCUGACACGCACAAGAAGCCUUCCCGCUCUGCUGCUGGUGGCCGCCCUACCCGUGAGGACAGACGCUCCAGACAGAACGAGGACUACAAGCGACGAGAGCCCAAGGAGGUUCCCGGUGCUGAGGUCACUCCCCAGUUCAACUAA